AUGCAAUUACCAAACGCCAGUGUAGUAAGUGAAUUUUUAUUAAAUUAUGGGUUUGCAUUUUUUAGUAUUUGUAUUGCUGAGAUGUGUUGUUUUGGAUGUUUGAUGUAUAUGUUUGGAGUGUUGUGUGAUAGAAAACCAGGUAUUGCUAAAGGAAUAACAUUGUUUGUAUGGGUUUUAACGUUCAUCCAAUCAUUUUUAUUAUUUAUGACAUAUCCAUUCUAUUUACCAUUAUUAUCAAUUUUCCAACAUUUGACUAGUAUUUUAUUAGUUAUAAAAAUUCCAACUAUUGUUAUAUUUUCAACUCAAUUUUAUAUUGUGGCAGUCUCUUCUGGAAUAUCACAAAUUGUGAUAUGCUAUUUGUUCGUUUUUGGUUCGUAUCAACUUCAUGAAUUUAUUUUAGUUGUAAUAACUUUCCAAGCUGUUUCUAUUCUCUUACUCUCUUCCGUUCAACUCAACGGUGAACGUUUUGUCUCAAAUGAAUUAUCACAAUCAUAUAAUGUUAUGACUAAUCUCGCACAAAAAAUUAUUAAAUGGUUAAGUAUUAAAGGAGGGGCUUUACAUAAGAAUAAUUAA